UCAUCCGUCGGCGCACAGAGGAACGGCGUCGACGCGAACGGACUCGACUGGCUGCUGCCCUUCGGGGCGCCCUGACAGACCACACACACACACACACACAGAGAGAGAGAGAGAGAGAACACACAAAAGUGGUGGUCGUGGUGAUGGUGUGAGAGGGUGUGUGUGUAUGGGUACCUGUGUUGACGCAGGGUGCGGAGGACCGCCCAUCAUCAUGUUGGUGUGGGGGCGAUAUGCACCAGGGUGAUGCCCAUGGUGGUGCCCCGGGUGACUCGGCGGCGGGUGGCUGGGCGGUGGCGGGUGCGCCGGUGGGUGGGGGUGGGGCGGGGGCGCCACGGCCGAACGUGACCGAAAGUGCUGCGCGAGGCCGUGCAGCAUCUCAUACUCGAGCGUGUCCUGCGGGCCGUCCCCCGAGCCGUCGACGCCCACAGCCGCGGCCGAUGACGACUGUCCUCCCCCACAGAUGAGCGACAGGAGAUAGUGAGGGUCCCUUUGGCGCUCUCGCUCCUCCUCGGCGUCCUUCUGCCGCUGGGCUGUCAGCUCGUGCUCACGCGCACUUUCGAAGUGCAGGUCGCGAUUCACCUCAGCCGUGCGCGCCUUCUCGGCCUCGAUCAGCCGGUCCAGCUCUUCUUGCUCGGCCUGCAUGCGCGCCUCCUCCUGCCUGACCGCCUCAAUCUCCUUAUCGAUACCGUCGACCGCCACGGCGAUGUCGCCCCCGGCCCGCUCCUCCCUCUCGAUGUCGGCACGCAGCCGCGCCAGCUCGGCCGCGUCGUCCAGCUCGCGCACCUCCCUCGCCAGCUCAGUACUGAGGGCCUCUUGCCGCCAUCUUGUCAGAUCGUCAUGGUCGUGCAGAUUCCGGUUCUCGUGCGCGUGGGUGAGCAGCGCCAGCUCAACCUCCAUUGCCGCGACCUCGGCCGUCACAACAGCCAGCCGCGCGCUGUUGCUCUCGUACUCGGCGGCGGGAGGGAUGGCUGGCUCGGGCGACGGAAAGCCUUCACAGCCCUCCCUCUCUGCUGUGGCUGCUGCCGCCGCCUCGUCCUCGACGUCGUCGAGCUGCUGCAUCUCCUCGGGGUCCACCUGCGCCUCGAUCUCCUCCUGCAGGCCAGCAUAAUCCUCCUCCUCCUCCUCCUCCUCGUCGCCUUGGUAUGCCUCCUCUUCCUCGUCAAAGCGGCCCGCACCCUCGCCGAUGUCAAGCGGCUGACGAAUGACACACAACACAACACAACACAUUACACACACACACACACCCGUGACAUCUGUAUGUCCUGUUGAUCUCUCCAGUGUCCUCACCUGAGCGAUAGCAUCGUCACGGUACUCUACUUGUUCCUCAUCCUCGCCUUGGUAUCCCACCUCCUCCUCUGCCGCCUCGCCCGCUGGUCCCUCGAGCUCCUCCUCAUGCUGAAGCAGCUGCUGUGCCUGCGCCUCGAUCUCCUCCUGCAGGUCAGCAUAAUCCUCCUCCUGGUCGAGUCGAGCGCCAUACUGCAUGCCGCCCGCGGCAGCUGCUGCAGCUCCGGCCUCCUCCUGCUCCCCUUUGACCUGAGUGUAUUGUUCUUCCUCCUGUGGUGGCUGAAUCAGGCGGGGCGGGCCCUCCUGGACGUCAGACACGCCACCCACAUCCUACAUCCACACACACAGAGACCACAGAUGAGCUGCGGCUGGAGCGAGAGCGUGUUUCUCGUUUUGGCUCUCUGGCAAGUCAGGUACAUACCUGGAUGAGACGCAGUUGGUCGGGCUGUUGGGCUCCGUUGAGUGCCCGCUCCAUAUCGUGGAUCUCGCCGUUGCCGCGAGCCUCCUCUGACAGCUGCUGGGGCGCCUCCUGCGACGGGGGGUGGUCGGGCACGAGGAGCACGGGCGGCAGCAGGUCCUUGUCCUCCUCAUGAGCAACGUCAGGCUGCACGCAUCAUGGCAUGUAUGUCAUGAGAAAUGUACGUGUGUAUGGUAACACUGCACGUGUGUCUUCUGUCUGACCUGGACGAGAGUUGGUGCUUGUUCGAACGUCUGCGGCUGUUCCGGCGCGACCGAUGCACCAUUCCGCUGCUGCGAGAGGUCGCGGCUGACGGGCAGGCCGGGCGGCACGACGGGCGGCAACAAGUCUUCCGAAUCAGGCAUUAGGUCACGACUCACAAGAUGCGGCGGGGGGUACUGCACACCACCCGCACCCCCUUCCACACUCGCCCUCUGGCUACUGGCAGGCCCCUCCCCCUCCCCCGCCUCCAUGUCUGACAGCUGCUGCAGGCUGGGCGGCGGUGUGUGGCCAGCCACCUGCUGUCCCUCCUCCCCGCCGAUGCGCACAUCCACCCCUCCCUCGGUGUCCAAAUCAACGUGCACGGGCGCCGCCAGGUGUCGGGGCGCGUCGAUGUCGAUGUGUCGGUCCUCGCCCGCCUCGCGGCACGUCAGAUGCAGGUUGGCCGAUGCGUCGUCACGGUACUCUACUUGUUCCUCAUCCUCGCCUUGGUAUCCCUCCUCCUCCUCCUCUGCCGCCUCGCCCGCUGGUCCCUCGAGCUCCUCCUCAUGCUGAAGCAGCUGCUGUGCCUGCGCCUCGAUCUCCUCCUGCAGGCCAGCAUAAUCCUCCUCCUGGUCGAGUCGAGCGCCAUGGCAACACAUACAAACGUCCAAUGCAAUGACACACGUGUGAAGCCCUGUGGGCGCGACUGACGGGUGCUGCUGGAUGUUCGGCAGGCGGAAGGCCGUACUGCACGCCGCCAGCGGCAGCUGCUGCAUCGACCACCUGAGCGUAUUGCUCUUCCUCCUGUGGUGGCUGAAUCAGACGGGGCGGGCCCUCCUGGAUGUCAGACACGCCACCCACAUCCUACAUCCACACACACACAGAGACCACAGAUGAGCUGCUGCUGGAGCGAGAGCGUGUUUCUCGUUUUGGCUCUCUGGCAAGUCAGGUACCUACCUGGAUGAGACGCAGUUGGUCGGGCUGUUGGGCUCCGUUGAGUGCCCGCUCCAUAUCGUGGAUCUCGCCGUUGCCGCGAGCCUCCUCUGACAGCUGCUGGGGCGCCUCCUGCUGCGGGGGGUGGUCGGGCAAAACCACGGGCGGCGGCAGGUCCUCCUCCUCCUCCUCAUGAGCAACGUCAGGCUGCAGGCAUCAUGACAUGUAUGUCAUGAGAAAUGUAAGUGUGUAUGGUUACACUGCACGUGUAUCGUCUGUCUGACCUGGACGAGAGUUGGUGCUUGUUCGAACGUCUGCGGCUGUUCCGGCGCGAUCGAUGCACCAUUCCGCUGCUGCGAGAGGUCGCGGCUGACGGGCAGGCCGGGCGGCACGACGGGCGGCAACAAGUCUUCCGAAUCAGGCAUUAGGUCACGACUCACAGGAUGCGGCGGGCGGUACUGCACACCACCCCCACUCCCUUCCACACUCCCCCUCUGGCUACUGGCAGGCCCCUCCCCCUCCCCCGCCUCCAUGUCUGACAGCUGCUGCAGGCUGGGCGGCGGUGUGUGGCCAGCCACCUGCUGUCCCUCCGGCUGCUGAGCGGUCGGAUGGUACACGUGCUCCUCCCCGCCAAUGGGUCCGUGCGGUGACAUAGCCUCCCCGCCCUCUGCCUCCAUUUCCUCCCACCAGCUCAGGCGUCGCGGCUCGGUGUCCAAAUCAACGUGCACGGGCGCGUCGAUGUCGAUGUGUCGGUCCUCGCCCGCCUCGCGGCACGUCAGAUGCUGGUUGGGCGACUCGGGGUGCAGGGCGCCCGACGGCAGGGAUGGCGACGCGACAGAGGGAAGCGAGAGGUCCUCCUCCAGCUCGGCGUCCUCGGCGGCCUCCCCAUACGGAUCGCACACCGUCUCGCUCUCUUGGCCGGGGCUGCGGACAACGCCCACCACGACGGUGAUGUCGUCCCUUUUGCCGCCCCGGCCGUCGCGAAAAUCUGGGUCCUUGGGGUUGUGGAUCCGUGCCUCGCGGGCGAAGGGGGUUGGUGCCGUGCGGUCGACGCUGGUGUUGUAGGCCAGCUCCCCAAUCUCCCUGGCCAGCUUGGCCGCCGUCAUGCGCCACAUGUCGUCCGCCCGCCUAACGACAACAUCGAUGAGAAUAUUGUCGAAGACGCCGUCCGUGGCCGCGAUGAUGACGUCGCCCUCCUGGACAGCCACCUCCAGGGUCUGGACGCCGGCGCUCCAGUAGCCGCUGCGGGGUCCGGUGGGCGUCCAGAAGGGCGGCUUGUUGGCGGGGAGCGACCUGAGUCUGUCGGGCAGGGGAUCCACGAUGCACCGGCGCCCGUCACUGGUCGUCACCCGCCACUCUCUCGCUUUUGGGCCGCACAGCUUGGCCAGCUGGAAUGGGCACUUCCAGUGGCCGGGCAGCUGCAUGGGGAGGAGCUGGCCCUCGAUCGUCCCCUCGUCGAGGUCGUCCAGGCAGGUCACCGCAGCCACGGAGUCGCCAAAGGUGGCCAGGUGGGCGAAGACUCCGCCGUCCUGUUCCACCAGUUUGACGAUGGUGGCCGUGGUGGAGCCCUUCGGGCCGUCCGCCACGGUGUCUUCCCACCCCGCCAGCAU